AUGCUCUUGCAGCGUGAGGCAGAGGAGCAGCAGCAGGAGCAGCAGCAGCAAGAGAAACAGCAGCGGCAGCAGCACUUGCUGACUGGCAACGGCUCGGCCCCGGCCAACGGGACAGGCGGCGGCGCCGCGCCGGGCGCGGCGAGCGGCGGAGGCGCCGCAGCUGCGGCGGCGGGCGGCGGCAGCGGCGGCGGCGGCCAGGGCUUGCCGCCCGGCGGCAGCGGGGUGCUGGAGGAGCAGGGCGGCCGGACGCGGUCGAUCCUGCGGGGCUCCUCCAGCAUCCAGCCCGACGGCAGCCGCGUCCUGUCUGGCGGCAAGGCGGUGCAUUUCCAGGUGGCGCGCGCCACAGGCGUCACCUCCAACCGCGACUGGGGCCUGCUCUACGCCAGCCCAGAGCUGCUGCGCAAGCGCGAGCUGACCCCUAAGGCGGACGUCUUUGCGUUUGGUGUGCUGCUCUACGAAAUGCUGUCGCGGCGGCUGGUCACGUGGAACGACGACAGCGAGCAGGCACAGGCCUACGAGCGCAGCGUCCGCGGCGGCCGCAUCAACGUGAAAAAGCACGGCGACGAGUCUCUGCAGCUGCUGGCCUACGCCGAGCGCGUCGCGGAUGGCUACCGGCCGCAGCUGCCGUCGCACUGGCCAGAGGACGUGACUAAGCUGGUGGACAGCUGCUGGGCAGCUGACCCCGGGGAGCGGCCCAGCAUGGAGGCGGUGUCGCAGGCCCUGGCAGCGAUGCUCAAGGACCGCAAGAUGGUGAAGCUGCUCGACUCGGAGCUUCCCGCCAACAUGCCGCAGGCCACGACCUGCGCCUGCGCCAUAAGCUAG